UUGAAAUGCUAAAUUUGUUAUGCUCAUUAAUAGUUUUAAAUCACAUCAGAAGGAUAAUUUGUGUGACCUUGAGGUUGUCAUGAUUUCCUGCAUGCAACAGAAGUAAAAAAAUAUCUGUCCUGCAGUGAUGGAUUAGUUUGACAGCUGAAUUGUGCAUGAUCAUCAUGAAAUGUUCUUAAUCAGUGCGCUUAUGACAGUAAAUCUAAUUAGUUGUCCACAAUUAGUUGUUCAUGUUAUGCCAUUUUUAGUGCGUGCCCUCCUGCCACCCACCGCGGAGGCUGAAAUUAUUCAGAAAAGUUACUCCAAAUAAGUGUGGCGCAGUCUUGAAUACAGAAAUGGCAUCUUCUGCUGUCAUUGCUGUUUUCUUGCGUAGAUUUGUUAGAUGGCACACAUCCGAUGCAGAGCCAUAUCUGCGGCGACCUCUCGCGCGCACGCCGUACGCACGCCGGUGGCCUUCGGGUGCGCGUACAUGUGGAGAGCAGAAUGGUACAACACUGACGUCAGAUACAAGUGUCAAUCUCUUUGUCAGCUCAUGUCCAUCUGCUUAUAAGUGAGGAAUCGACCGGGAAAGCAGUCAGACAUCCACCCAGGCGGAGGACAUACAGGUGCCCGGCGCUCAUCCAAAACCAGCAGCGAUGCCUCACUCUUUGUUCCCCCUGUGCGUCCUGGGACUCCUUGCCGUCUCCUCAGCCUGUUACAUCCAGAACUGCCCCCGAGGAGGGAAACGCGCGCUGCCGGAGACUGGGAUCAGACAGUGCAUGUCAUGUGGCCCCGGAGACAGGGGCCGCUGCUUUGGCCCCAGUAUCUGCUGCGGGGAGGGCCUCGGCUGCCUGCUGGGCUCCCCAGAAACAGCUCACUGUGUGGAGGAGAACUACUUGCUCACCCCCUGCCAGGCAGGAGGGAGACCCUGUGGAUCUGAGGGAGGACGCUGUGCUGUUUCAGGACUCUGCUGUGAUGCAGAGAGCUGCGCGGUGGACUCUGACUGCCUGGGGGAGACCGAGGCCUCCGAUCCGUCCGACGGCUCUGCAGGGAGCUCGCCUGCAGAGCUGCUGCUGCGCCUGCUGCAUGUGGCCACCAGAGGACAGACUUAGUACUGAUACUGUUGUCUGUGGAGGUUCCUCUGCUUCUCAGGCCCUGGAGGAGCAGAAUAAAGAUCAUCCCUGUUCCACUAUAAGCCUUGAGAUUUGCACCCUGAACCAAUAGAAUGCCAAGUCAAACUUUGUUCUCUCUUAACCCUACUGCUCUGAUAUUUCUGUAUCUGUAAAGACGACUUACGGUCACAGUAAGAGAACUAUCUUCAACUUUAGUAAUUGGCUAUUUUUAUCCACAUCCUGGGGGAGAGGAAUCAUGAUAAUGGGUAUGAAAACAGUAGAUUUAAUGUUUGCUCCCACCUUAGAAAUGUAUAUACUAAUGCACAUACUGUAAACAAAAUUUUAUUCUAUAUGAGGGGAUGUAACAUGCCUCAGAGCUCCAUUUCAAACAAGUGAGUUAUAGCGGAAAACACUGUACAUAUGUCAGAGAUUGGAGAUUAAGGUUGCUACAGACGUCCAUGUAAAACAGCUGAAUGAUAAUGCUAGAGCAGUUUUUCUUGUGUAGUAGAAAUAUUAUUGUAUAUUGAAAAACAAUACAGAAUGUAUCACUGCCAAAACA